AUGGCCGCCAGCAGUGAGCUGCUGCUUUCUACAGCAGGGCAACCCAUUUAUAAUGAGGGUGGGAGCAGCGAGUUAACCCCUUUGCAUGCUGACCAAACUACUCUUGAUGCCGGCUCUAGUCUUUUGUUUGUCGUCGAAAACAUUCUUAACCAAGCAGCCAAUAUGGCUGACACCGCUUUGCUGGGUACUCAGGAUUAUUUGGAGAAGCUGGAAGAAAAGGUGUCCAAAGCUAACUUCAGUCCCCGCCUAUUGUGUACAAUCAAGCAAUUUUUCUCCAUGGAUAAGGAGAUCGUUUUAUCGGAACUAUUGGUCAUGGCUCAAAAAAUCAACGUCACCCUCAACUUGCAAGAGAUGCAGAAAGUAAUACUCUGCAAUAAACAAAUAGAAACACCCAAGGAAAUUGUGAAAGCUUUCACCGGACUGAUUUUUGCUAAGGAUAAUGAUUGGAAGCCUCAUACCAACGGUUCUACGAACAAAAUGCUUAGCAUCGUAACGGCAAAUGAUCCACUUGGGGAUCAGGUGGAACACCCAAAUGUGUUCGCUUUCAGUAGUACCUCGGAUCAAAACCCUGCAUCUCGUCCGCAGCCAAGAGCGGCAGCCCCACUUGCAAAAGUACCGGCGAAAAGCAUGUACACUUUCUACUACGCAAGCAUGAACGGAGCAUGGCUCGACGAAUUUUACAAGAAAGCAACUGUUGUGGCUAAUGAUCCGUUCAUAAAGGACAGCAAAAACCUUGGCAUAGGAUUUUGCAGGAUUGCAGACCACUGGAGAGAGGAGGAGGUACAACUUUUGUCGAAACAAAAGGGCUGGGACAAGGUAUGCCCAAAGUUUUUGCAUAACGAUCAGUACUCUAGCCAUACUGGACACUUUGCGCUGCUCAAAAACAACUCUGAUGUGGUUCUUCAAGGUCGUGGCACAAAGAUUCUGAAGGCCUUGGGGGACUUUCAAGAACAAUGGAGGAAGAACUUGCCAUCUCGUAACUUCGAAAAAAGUCUCGUGGACCACUAUAAUAAGCUCCCUUAA